AUGCCUGAAAAUCAGAUAGAAAAGCAAGAAGUGCAAAUAGGGUUCUAUGAAAUGUAUAAUUUUCCCAGGGUAAUUGGAGCAAUCGAUUGCACACACAUAAGGAUACAGUCUCCAAAGAGCGACAUAGGAGAACAAUUUAGAAACCGAAAAGGUUAUUUUUCUUUUAAUGUACAAGCAGUAUGUAACAGUAAAAUGGAGAUAACAAAUAGAGUGGCAAGAUGGCCGGGUUCAGUUCAUGAUAGUACAAUUUUUGACAAUAGUUUAGUACGUGCCCAAUUUGAAAAUAAUGAGUUUGAAGGCUGUUUUCUGCUCGGUGAUGGAGGUUAUCCAUGUAGGAAUUAUUUAAUGAUACCAUUACUGAAUCCUACUACAAAUUCUGAAUUAAAAUAUCAGAAAUCCCAAAUUGGAACCAGAAAUAUUAUUGAGCGUGUAUUUGGUGUCUUAAAAUGA